UGUAGAUUUGGCUGAUGCUGUGUUUGUUGUGUGUAGCUUAUCAAAAACAUUAAAUCAUGCCCGGUGAGACAGCGGUUAAAAUAAUGUCUUUACCGUGAAUACACACAGUACAAGUUACAUUUUUAAACUUGUCUACACGCUUAUAAAUUAGCUUUCCGUGUGAGAGGUAGUUUCAAACGGUGUUUUUGUGCCGAGGGCCUUGUCGCAAACCCAACCGCUCGCCAAGUCUCGUAUAACCGUCCGGGAUUUUCAUGUUGUUCAGGUUUUUUAUUAAAAUUAAGUGUUUUUUUCCGUCGGAAGAUGGACACUGAUAAAUUCAACUAUGUUUACAGCUGUGACAUGGACAUCAAUGUUCAACUUAAGAUAGGCAGUUUAGAGGGGAAACGAGAGCAGAACAGCUACAAAGCUCUGCUGGAAGACCCCAUGCUGCGGUUCUCCGGCCUCUACCAGGAAAACUGCUCGGACCUCUACGUCACCUGUCAGGUGUUCGCUGAAGGAAAACCUCUCGCCCUGCCCGUCCGCACCUCGUACAAAGCGUUUAGCACACGUUGGAACUGGAAUGAGUGGCUGCGGCUGCCUGUCAAGUACCCAGACCUUCCCCAAAGUGCCCAGGUUGCUCUCACAAUUUGGGACAUAUAUGGACCCGGCAGAGCGGUCCCAGUUGGAGGAACCACUGUCACCCUGUUUGGCAAAUAUGGUAUGUUCCGGCAAGGGAUGCAUGACCUGAAAGUGUGGCCAGGUGUGGAGGGGAACGGAGGCGAGCCCACCACCACACCGGACGCACCAGCAACCAGCCUGACGGAGGACCAGAUGGGCAGACUCGCCAAGCUGACGAAGGCCCAUCGACAGGGCCACAUGGUGAAGGUCGACUGGCUGGACCGUCUGACCUUCAGAGAGAUUGAGAUGAUCAACGAGAGUGAGAAACGCAGCUCUAACUUCAUGUACCUCAUGGUGGAGUUUCCCCGCGUCAAAACAAAUGACAAGGAGUACAGCAUUGUCUAUUACGAGAAGGAUGGAGACGACGCGUCACCUGUUCUCACCAGCUGCGACAUCGUCAAAGUUCCUGACCCACAGAUGGCGAUGGAGAACCUGGUAGAGAGCAAGCAUCACAAGCUGGCUCGAAGCCUCCGUAGCGGGCCAUCGGAUCACGACCUGAAGCCAACGCUGCCACUGAGAGACCAGCUCAAUAUCAUCGUGAGCUACCCUCCAACGAAGCAGCUGAGCUCUGAAGAGCAGGACCGGUGGAAGUUCAGAUACUACCUCACCACGCAGGAGAAGGCCCUGACAAAGUUCCUGAAGUGGGUGAACGUGGACCUGCCCCAGGAGGCCAAGCAGGCCCUGGAGAUGCUGGGGAAGUGGAGGCCGAUGGACGUGGAGGACUCCCUGGAGCUGCUGUCCUCCCAGUUCUCAACCCCACGGUUGCGACGCUACGCUGUGACGCGCCUGCAGCAGGCCGACGAUGAGGACCUGCUGAUGUAUCUCCUGCAGCUGGUCCAGGCGCUGAAGUACGAGAACUUCAACGAUAUUCAGGGUGGCCUGGAGCCAGGCAGCAAGAGAGACAGCCAGGGACUUUCAGACGAAUCCACCAUGGACAGUUCACAGAUCCUGACUGGCCAUCGGGAUCUUCCAGCGACACAGAAAGGCAAGGAGGGAGCCGACGGUGAAACUCAAGAGCAGGACUUGUGCACGUUUCUCAUCUCCCGAGCUUGCAAGAACUCCGAACUUGCCAACUAUUUAUAUUGGUAUGUGAUAGUGGAGUGUGAGGACCAGGACACCCAGCAGAGAGACCUUAAGACCCACGAGAUGUACCUGAACGUCAUGAGGAGGUUCAGCCAGGCUCUGCUCAAGGGUGAUAAGAGUGUGAGGGUGAUGCGGUCGCUGCUGGCCGCUCAGCAGACGUUUGUGGACAGACUGGUGCAGCUGAUGAAAGCCGUGCAGAGGGAGAGUGGAAAUCGUAAGAAGAAGACGGAGCGGCUGCAGGCUCUGCUGGCUGACAACGAGAAGGUGAAUCUGUCAGAGAUCGAGCCCAUCCCUCUCCCUCUGGAGCCUCAGAUCAGGAUCAGAGGCAUCGUGCCCGACACAGCCACGCUCUUCAAGAGCGCUCUGAUGCCAGCUAAACUGAUCUUCAAAGCUGAGGAUGGAGCCAUGUACCCGGUUAUCUUCAAACACGGAGACGAUCUGAGGCAGGAUCAGCUCAUCCUGCAGAUCAUCUCUCUCAUGGACAAACUUUUAAGGAAAGAGAAUUUGGACCUGAAGUUGACGCCGUACAAAGUGUUGGCCACCAGCACCAAGCACGGUUUCAUGCAGUUUGUCCAGUCCGUCCCUGUUGCUGAAGUCCUGGCGACUGAAGGCAACAUCCAGAGCUUCUUCAGGAAGCAUGCCCCCAGUGAAAAGGGGCCGUACGGCAUCAGCUCAGAGGUGAUGGACACAUAUGUGAAGAGCUGCGCUGGUUACUGCGUCAUCACAUACAUCUUAGGAGUAGGAGACAGACACUUGGACAAUCUGCUACUCACAAAAACCGGGAAGCUCUUCCACAUCGACUUCGGCUACAUCCUGGGUCGAGACCCCAAACCAGCUGCCUCCGCCAUGAAGCUGAGCAAAGAGAUGGUGGAGGGGAUGGGGGGCAUGCAGAGCGAGCAGUACCAGGAGUUCAGGAAGCAGUGCUACACCGCCUUCCUGCACCUCAGGAGAUACUCCAACCUGAUCCUGAAUCUGUUCUCUCUCAUGGUCGACGCCAAUAUUCCUGACAUCGCCCUGGAGCCUGACAAGACCGUUAAGAAGGUGCAGGACAAGUUCCGAUUGGACCUGUCUGACGAGGAGGCGGUUCAUUACAUGCAGAGUCUGAUAGAUGAGAGUGUGGGCGCUCUGUUCGCUGCUGUGGUCGAGCAGAUACACCAAAUGAGGCUGGAACUGGAUCGAACUUGUCAACACGAGCACACGAACGUGCUGCUAUGCAGUGGUUUAUGGCCCGGACAUGUUUCUAAAUUGAGCAUCGCUGACCAUCUGUGGAUCGGUCCUAGCGUCGCUGAUGGGGGUAAAAACAAGUCCACCCCGAGAGGGUUGGAUGAGUCACACCGCGAGUGA